AUGAACGAUGAAAGAAGAAACGAAUUAUACCUGCUGAAUUCAAAAGCUUGGCUGGGAGAGGAUGUAUAUCCUCUGAAAACCAUGAAGCUUGACUCCAGUAUCAAAAGAAAUACAGGAUUUAUUAAGAAGCUUAGGAAAGGAUUUACGAAGGAAAAUAAACCAUCAUUGAUUAAAGAUUUAGGAGAAGUCUCUUUCCAAAAAUAUCUAUCGGAAAUUGUGAGUACAACUAAUGAAGCACUGACAAAUGUUCAAAGUAAGAACGAAGAGGUAGAAACUGCAGUUGAAGUGGUAAGUGGCCUACAUCAAAGGUUCAAUGUUGCAUUUACAGAACCUUUGUCAUUGGCAUUUUUACAAAAUUUCAAUUUCAAAAAUAUUGAUCCAACAAUAACAAAAGAUGAAAUGGCAUUUUCAGCCAAGUUGAAGAAUAAUUUGAGAGUAUUCACAGAACUUUAUCUUGUCAAUGUUUUUGCAAACUUAGACGAAAUGACUGAUAAAGAACUGCCAUCCUUUUUGAUGAAGAAAGGACAAAAAAAAGAGCCAAUAUUAUUAUCAAUUUUAAAGGAAGCAUUGAACUAUAAUUUCAAAACAGGCCAUUCUUCAAUUGUUGCGAUCUACUUUGCCAAAAAAUUUCCUGAAUUCUUUUCAACUGACGAUCAGAGUACCCAAUCGGUACCAUUGAAUAAAGAUAUCAAAGAAAGCGUGGUUUCAAUAUAUAGACUAUUUUUUGGGGCAUUGAGCACCAAUGCUUCAAAAUUACAAACACAGGUCAAUAAAUUAAUCAAAGAGCACCAUAAAUGCCAAAUUAGAACAGGUAAAGCAUCUGACGAAUACUUGGAAAAAUAUGAAGAAAUAUCACCAAUAUUUGAAAGAUUCAAAUCUUCAACAUUAUUCUUGAGUCAAUAUCUCGAUGUCGAAGCUCCUCAAUUUGAGAUAAUCGAUAUAAACGGGUCUCAACAUGAGCAAAAAGAGGAUAUUAUUACCAAUAAGAUCCUUCCACCAUCCCAAAGACUAUGGGAAAACGAUGAGACGAGAAAGUUAUACGAAGUGCUGCCUGAUAUCAGUGACAUUGUAAAAGAACAUUCUCAAUCGAACAAGGACCCAAAACCUGAAACUCUAAACUCGUUUUUUACUGAAUUACAGAACAUAGAAUCUAAAGGUCAUUUAGAUGACUUAGUCCGUAAGUACUGGUCACUGAAUUUGAACAACAAGGCAACUCGAAACAGAAUAAUCAAGUUUUUUAUCGAAACCGUUGAUUGGAGUAAAAUUAGCUUAUAUGCAAGAUUUUUUGCAAUCAAUGCUCCCUAUAUGAAGGAAACGGUUGAUGAAUUCAUACAAUAUCUUGAUAAUGGUUUCAGAAGUCAACUACACAACACAAAAUUCAAUAUUAAAAAUGUUAUAUUUUUCGGUGAAAUGGUAAAAUUCUCAUUAAUACCUCAAUUUAUGGUAUUUCACAAAAUAAGAACGCUUAUUAUCAACAUGAAUAUUACUAAUAACGUGGAAAUAUUAACAAUACUUUUUGAAAAUUGUGGUAAAUUCUUAUUAAACAAGGCUGAAUAUAAAGAUGAAAUGGACAAACUAGUUGAUAGACUAAAAUCUAGAAGAACAGAUCAUAGCCUUAAUAUGAACACUAAAGCUUCCAUUGAAAUGUUGCUAAGAAUUUUGUUUCCACCUUCAACUAAGUCAUUGAAUACAGAAGUUGUUCAGCUUACUCCAGAAGAGAACUUCUACACAGUGCUAUUACGAAGUGAACUUGGCAACAUAGGUUUCAAAGAUACAGUAAGGCUCAUUAGGAAAGCACAUUGGAAAGACCCUAACACAGAAAAGCUGUUUUUUACUCUUUUUACAGAACCUGAAAAGGUUAGCUACCAAAAUAUCCCUAUUUUAACUCAAGUUCUAAGUGGACUAUACAGCUUUAAUAGGAAUUUUGCAAUAAUGUGUAUCGAUCAGGUUUUAGAAAAUAUCGAGAAUGGACUUGAAUCUAAUACUUAUGCUGAAAAUACUAGUCGUAUUGCUAACAUAAGAUAUCUGGUAGAAAUUUUUAAUUACGAAAUGAUGAAAUCGAAUGUACUAAUGGACACCAUGCAUCACAUAGUUAAAUAUGGCCAUCCAAAUGGUCAACCGAAUCCAUUUAAGUUGAAUCCUAACGAUUUGCCUAAUAACUACUUUAGAAUUCAUCUAAUCGUGACAAUUUUAUCAAAUAUAAGAAGAACACCCAGUUCCCUAACAUCUAGUUUACAAUUGUUGCUAAGGUUUUUUGAGUAUUACAUUUUUACUAAGGAGUUCCCAUUACCAAAAGAAACCGAGUAUGCCGUAAAUAAUCUAUUUGAAAAGCUUUCCACAUUGAUUGAGAAGAAAGAUAAAACGAAAUUUACAAGAUCAGCAAACCUACUCGAGAGUUUACAAAAAUUCCAAGAAUAUCUCGUGCUAACAAAACGUUCAACAACAGAAAAUCAAAAGGGAACGGACACUAGUACUCUUAAAACGGACUUGCUUGAAGAUGGUCCUGCUCAAGAUUUAGAUGAUGAUAUUGGGCAAGAAAACGAUGAGGGCCUUGAAAUGAUUGAAGAGUUUGAGAUUAUCGAAGACGAUGGGGAAAGUUACGAAGAAAAUAAUUUAGAUACUGAAGUGAAUACUGGAUCAAUUAGUAGCGAUGAAAGCGGAACAGAUUUAGAAAGUGACUCAGAAUUAGAGUCAGCGGAUGAAGAUGAUUCUGAUGACUCCAUGGACUCAGAUUCAGAUUCAGAAUCCGACUCCGAUUCAGGUUCAGAAGAUGAAGAGGAUGAAUUUGAUGCUGUUCUGGAUGGUGAGGAUACGCCUUUCAGGAAUUACGAAGAUGAGAGAGAAUCAGAGCAACAAAGAAUAUUUGAUGAAUACAAGAAGCAGCUUCAAACAGAGGAAGAAAUUAAAGCACAGGCAGAACUGGAUAAACAAUUUGAUCUAAUGAUGAGUGAGUCGUUAGAAGCAAGAAAGUCAGAAACAUCUACAAAUGACAGAGGCCUACUAAUGGUACAUCCAUCAGGAACAAAACUGAAAGACUCAUUGAAUGAAUUUAAUACCCCAGAGAAGCGACCAAAGGAAAAAGUAGCAUUCGCAUUUUUGACCAAGACAGGUAGAAAGACACAAUCCAGGGUGGUGAACUUAUCUAGAGAUAUCAAAUUUGUAUCCAAUGUUGUUGAGGAAGGUAAAAAGUUAGAAACUGAAAGAGAAAAGAUAAAGAAUAUUGUCUUGAAUAGGCAAUUCGACUAA